CUGCUCUCAGUUGCCCUUCAGGUUCUGUGCCCUGGGGGCCUGGCAGUGGCAGAAUCAUGUGGGCACCUGGUGCGGUGGCCCGGGAGCGAGUGCCCCUCCCGGAGGCUCCUCUAGGAUGUUGAUCUCGGACUCAGCUUGGGAUCUUUUUCUUUCACUUUUCUUUUAGCUGGGGUUGGGACUCCCCAGCUGGAAAGCGAACUGGGAAACCGGGGAAACCCCAGCUGAUUCGCCCCUCGUACCUUGAUUGCUCACACUGGCUGCCGCCUCGCACCCUGCAGCCAGAAAUCGAUGGAGAGUAGGGCAGCUUGCCGGUCCUCCUGCGAGUCUUACCAGCCCGCUGCGCCCUGCAGCUUGUGGUGUACCUCGCUCCGCGCUGCAGGGACCUUGCCAGGGCAGGCCCAGGGGGAGCAACGCGCGGCUGUCUGCCCCCGCCCAGCUGCAGAGUUGGACGAAGACAGGAUCCUGCUGCUUGGAAGGCUGAGUUCCCCAUCUAUCCGAGGAGCUCAGAGAGGUCAGGAAAGAGUCCAUGCCGACACAUGGCCCUCUGGCUCUUUGAAGCAGUGGCUCUUCGUGGUCCACGCUGGUGAGUUCCUUUAGAGCACACAACCCCUGUCAGCAGAUAACCAGCCUACAGGAGGUCAAAAGGCGUUCUGCAUGGAUGGCAGCUGGAAGCCCAUCGCCAUAGCCAGCUCUUCACCACUUAAGCAAUUACCUGGGCAUUAAGUAAUGAAAAUUUUGAAACCAUAUAUGAGGAAUACAUCCAUCUCGUGCUACUUGUGUUUCCUGCUAAACAGUCAUUUCCUAACUGAGGCUGGCAUUCAUGUCUUCAUUUUGGGCUGUGCCAGUGUAGGUCUCCCUAAAACAGAGGCCAACUGGAGGGAUGUGCUAAGUGAUCUAGAAUAUAUUGAAUCUCUUAUUAAAUCUGUCCAUAUUGAUGCCACUUUAUACACAGACAGUGACUUCCAUCCCAGUUGCAAAGUUACUGCAAUGAAUUGCUUUCUGCUGGAGUUACGGGUUAUUUUACAUGAGUACAGUAACGUGGACCUUAAUGGAACAAUAGAAAACGUGAUGUUGCUAGCAAACAGCUCUCUGUCUUCUAACAAGAAUAUAACAGAAUAUGGCUGCAAGGAAUGUGAAGAACUGGAGGAGAAAAGCUUCAAAGAGUUUUUGCAGAGUUUUAAAAGCAUUGUCCAAAUGUUCAUCAACACUUCGUGAUUGUCGCUGAUGCUCUCCAGGGUUUCUGUUAUUACCACACUGCUCCCUGCUGUGCAGAGGCAGCGCCGCUCUGUGCAUCUGAGAUCCGCUGGGGAAACAAAGCGGCCGAUGAACCACUUGGAUCAGAUGAACUCCGAGAGUCUACCGGAGGGAAGGAACUCUUCUCAGGCUUCUUUUGUUCCUUUUUAAUUUAUUACUGCACUUGUACAUAUUUGUAAUAUAACAGAAGAUGUGGAAUAAAGCUCUUUAU